CCGCCAUAUUGGAUUAAGAUCAUCAUGUGAUUAAGGGAUCCUUGGGUCGAAAGUGUAACUCUGGAAAAAAUUCUCGAGGAAGAAAGGAUCGAUGAUGGGGUUUCGUUGUUAUAGACUGGGAUUGAUAUUUUUUAACGUCAUAUAUUUGAUCAUAGGCUUUGUUCUUAUACUUUGUCCAGUCUACUCCAAAGUUACAAAUCUUUUCACCAGUUGGCCAAUAGUAGGAGGCACCAUAGCAUGUGGAGUGUUUAUUAUGCUGGUUGCUGCAGCUGGAAUUUAUGGCGCUGUUAAGCAUCACCAGAUAAUUCUUUUCUUUUUCAUGGCAAUCAUGGUUAUCUUGUUCAUAAUUCUAUUUUCUGUAUCUUUGGCUGCACUCUCCAUAUCAUCAACUCAGAGGGAUAACCUUAUGUGGAAAGCUUGGAAAUCUGUUAGUAACAAAACUAAAGAAGAAGUUCAGAAAGCUGGACACUGCUGUGGUUUCAAUGCAACAUACAAGAAUGAAACUAAAGAUCACCCAUCAUGUAGUGGGCUUCGUUGUUGUGACAGAGAAAAGGCAUAUACCUGUAGCAAUUGUCCUACUUGCUAUGGCUAUUUAAGGGACAAUGGCUUGGACACAUUAAAGAAUGCUGUGGGAGGAAUAGGUCUCUUUUUUAGUUUUACAAUGUUUUUGGGAAUUUACUUGGCUUUCCGAUAUAGGCAUCUUAAAGAUCCAAGAGCAAACCCCAGUGCGUUUCUAUGACUGUAAACAGGUCCUAAAGGCUUCAGGACAAUUGCCUUAUUUACGUCAGCUUCAGCACCAAGGAGCUCCUUUGUUAUCAAAGCUGUGAACAGUCUCAAAGUUUGAGUAGUCCAAAGAAAAUUGCAGUCUUUUUUAGAGCCAUACAGGGUGAUAUAGAGUUAUUCACUUUACAGGAUGAAUCACUCCACUGUUAACAACAAAACUAAAUGACAUACGCGAAAUAUAAAUGACACCUAGUUCUUUCCCAAGUUUUCUUUAAAGGGCAGUCAUAAUUUUUAUCAUGGUCAUCAUUAUCAUCUUUAUCAUCAUCAUCAUCUUUAUCGUCAUUGUUAUUGUUCUUUUUUUCUCCUUACAGUAUUGAUUGAAAGUAAAUGUAGAUGAGAUAAACUGAAA